GGGAGAGGAGGGGUUUAGACCAGAGAGGGGAGAGGCGCAGAGGGGCUGAGAGAAAGGGAGGGAGAAGAGAAAAGGAAGUGCCUGUUCUCUUCUUGGUUAGAGACUCUUCGGAAUCUGUGUCUUGUUUAUUUUCUCUGCCCAACCAGCAUAUAAACAUCUCUCUCUCUCUCUCUCUCUCUCUCUGUCUGUGUUUCGCUCUGUCUGUGGAGGAGGUCGUUGCUUUUGCCGGUGCUGUUUUUGCACGCUCACCCAGUUGCAGAGACCCUUUUGUCAUAUUCCAAAAGGAGGAGCAGAUCAACUGAGUGAGAGACGUCCACCCCUCACCAGAGCCAUAGGCUUCUCAUCCUCUCUGCACAUCCCGACGGCGCUUUCCCCUCUUCCCUGCCUCCUCAUACACUGAAAAGCCCCUCAGGAGCCGAAAAGGAGUGCUGUAAGAGACCCCCCCCCCCCACCUAUCACUUUCCUAUUUUCUCCUGUACCCAUCUAAAUAAAUUCUCUUCUUAGUCUCUCUGCCUCUCUGUCUCUGUUCUGUUUCUGUCUUUUUAGGCGUUCUCCCUUUUGUUGGUUGGUGGUUUAGAAGAGGAAGGAGGGAACGAAGCAGGAGGAGGCUUUUCUCUCCUUCCUUUGUGUUUGGGGGUGUUGGAUUUGGCAGAGGAGGAGGAGGAGGAGGGUGUGAAUAGAGGGAUUUAUGUCGGCUGGCGCUGAGAUUUCGAUUGGAGCAAAGAAGCUCUGGCGUUUCUCUUCUUCCACCGCUUUCUUUCUUCGCAUGCUUGCCAUAGAACGAGGCCGAGGCAUGCGCUUAACUUCAAAUCGAGUGGGUUUCCGAGUUGCCAGCAGUGGGUGCAAAGAAAUAUUGUCCCUGCAUUCUGUUUCAUUCUUGUUCUUCAGAGGCGUUCUUACGUAAUACCACCACCCGCCAACUUGUUGUCUUCCUUUCCUUGAAAAAUCUUCUAUUUUUCUUCUUCUUCUUCUCCUUCUCGUUCUUCUACUUUUUUCCUGUUCUUUCGAUUUCUCCUAUUCUUUGGGGCUUCUGUCGAGGGAGGGAACAUGCCAGGCCCUCAAAAGCAAGCCCUCAACCAGGACAAGUUCCUGAAGAAAGGGGCUAGGAAGGGUUUUAGGAAUUUUUCUGCUGAAAUGUUGGAACCGGUGAGGAAGAUUAGAGUCAUCUGCAGCGACCCGGACGCUACCGACUCCUCGAGUGACGAAGAAGACAAUGGUGGGCGUCGAAGUCGGCCCGCCCUCCUCAAGGGCCCCAUUCGGAAGAAGGUGAUUCAGGAGGUCGUCAUCCCUUUGCCGUCUUCUUCGCGGCAUGCUUCCAUUGUCGACACAGAGAGCUCUGCUGACAGCAGCUCCAGGAGGAAGACGACCUCCAAGACCACCAAUAACAAGACUCGCAGUCACAACCAGAGCUCCCAGAAGAGAUCGAGCUACUUUCCGCCGGAGAACGGCAAGUCCGGCAAGUACAAGGGGGUCAGGCAGAGGAGAUGGGGCAAGUGGGCAGCUGAGAUCCGGGACCCAGUGAGGGGAGUAAGGGUCUGGCUCGGGACCUAUAACACUGCAGAGGAAGCUGCCAGAGCAUAUGAGAAGGCGUCGAGGGAGAUGGAAGAGGGAGACUCUUCCUCAAUCUUGGCCGGAAGCAACAACCGGAGAGCCCCCUUUCCAGCGGCAUUGAAAAUAGCCCCGGUCACCUCUUCGUCGUCGGUGGCGUCAAUGUCCUGCGUCUCCGACGAUGACAACCGCCAUUUCGCACUGUCAUCUCCAUCGUCCGUCCUCGACGUCUCUGCCACCUCUGACUCGGGGACGGAGCCCUAUGCUUCUGGGAAUGUCUUCACCAGGACCAGGAAAACUACGGAUGAUAACACCCCCACAGACCGGAUGGGGGCCGGGGAGCAAGUUGAGUCUCCGGCAGCCGCCGCCGGGAUGAGCUUAGUCGAGUUCGAGAAGGAUCCUCCCAUCGUUCCUUUGUGUUUGGACGAUGAUCUUGCUGUGCUUGGAGACCCUUUCUUCUCUGAUGCUCUGGGUUCGUUUCUAGACCCCUGGGAUUUGCAGGGGCUUGACGAUGCUGCCGCUUGUCUUGGUGCUGGAGACGAAGCCGAUGAUAUCUCCACUGAAUGUUUGAAUCUGGACAUCGAUUCUGAAGUCUUUUCUUGGAUGGAUUUUGAUAUUAGAGUCUGAGAGAGACUUCAUUGAGCAUCUUGGGAUUAAACUGUUUGCUGAUUUCGAUAUAAUUUUGCAGAUAUUUUAGGUGGUGUGAGUGUGAGAGAAGGGAAGAGGAUAGGUGUGAUAUUGCCUUUUUUUUUUUCCUUUUUAUAUUAUUAUUAGUCUUCGUUGAUGUUGGGGGUAAUGAUGUAUUGAUGUUGAGUGAAGUUUUGUCAUUCUCUUGGAAGACUGGAGAAGCUCCGAUCUUCCUUGGGACGAUCGUAUUUUUUGUUAUUGGUAAAGAGUUUUGUGUAAGAGAGAGAGAGGAGGGGAAGAGUUGCAGAGAUUUAAAGCUUGGGUUUUUCUGUGCUUGUGAGCCGUCCAAGCUUUGUAACGUUACUCUUCGGGGUUUGAGUUGAGAUAAUGUCAUUUAUAUGAACAUCUUUCUUCCAUUAAAAUGUCAAUGGAUUUGCUCAUUUUUCUA